AUGGCAACACCACCAGCGGCACCCCUGCCCAUCACCAUUGUCACGGGAUUCCUGGGAUCGGGCAAGACGACGCUGAUCCUCAGCCUGAUUCCGCAGCUGCGGGCGGCGAACCCCGACUACCGGCUGGCGCUGCUCAAGAACGAGUUCGGCGAAGUGGCCGUCGACUCGCAGCUGGCCGCGUCGGGCGCCAUCGCUGGCGUGCAGGAGCUGCUUAACGGCUGCAUCUGCUGCAACCUGGUCGGCGCGCUGGGCAAGGCGCUGGAUGAGCUGCGCGCCACGACGCCGCCGCCCGACCGCAUCGUCAUCGAGACGAGCGGGUCCGCCUUCCCGGCCACGCUGGCCCUCGAGGUCAACCGCAUCGCCCGCGAGACGGGCGGCGCCUACGCUCUCGACGGCGUCGUCAGCGUGCUCGACGUCGAGAACUGGAAGGGCUACGACGACACCAGCUACACGGCCCGCAUCCAGGCCCGCUACACCGACCUUGUUGUCUUCAACAAGUGGGAGGCUGCCGGCGGCCGCCGCUUCGACGACUGCCUCGACCGCCUCGGCGACCUCGACCUCGACACCGCCUGGGUCAAGAGCGACAAGGGCUGGGUCCCCAUGGACGUCGUCUUUGGCAUCGACGGCGGCCUGGCCCAGGGCUUGGCCGAGGAGCACCGUGACGACCACGACCACGCCGCCUGCGACAACCACGAGCACAACCACGCCCGCGACCACCAGUCCGAAGUCGAGGUCCUAUCCAUCGAGCUGCAGGGCGCGGGCGCCGUCGACGUGGCGAAGCUCGUCACGCUCCUCAAGACGGCCCCCAAGGACGAGGUUUACCGCAUCAAGGCCGUGCUCACCACGGCGGCAGGCGGCGAGACCCUGCGCAACUCGGAAGAGGACGUCCCACUGGUGCCGACACCCCCGCACGACGACGACAACAGCACACCCGAGAGCAAGAACAGGUAUAUCCUGAACUGGGCCUUUGGCCGCUGGACGGCGACGCGCAUCGCCGGAGGUGCUGCUGCCGAGCACGCCUCGACCGGCGGCGCCGUCCUGCGCAUGACCAUGAUCCUCGCCAGGUACGAGAGCGCCAAGUGGAAGAAGAAGCUCGAGGCCGGCGGGCUGCUGGUGCUCGACGGCAGCGAUAGAGGCACGCUGGUUGUCAACAGGAUCAAGACUUGA